UUAAUAAUUUCAAUAAUUCAACCUAGAAUCCUAUCAUUUCAUAAAUUCAGAAACAUAAGAUUGGUAGAUUUGCCAAUAAAUAACAACACAAAUGGCAGGCAAGCGUGAAUGAAGGCAGUGUGUGAAAACAAUGAAAACGAACGUAAAUAAAUUAAUAAGAACUAUAACAACGAACGAGUUGCAGGUUAAACUUGCUACGAUGUCAACACGAACGAUAUAUAAGACGAAACAAAUAUCAACGACGUUUUCAUAGAUUGAUUAUACCUCCUACUGCAGAAUUGCGAAUGCUGGGCAGAACGAAUGUUGAUAAACAUCCAGUGAACAUCGGAAGAUAAUACAACACGUAUUAAUGCAUAUUCAAUAUAGAUAUGUAUAACGUAUGUUGAUACAUAUUAAAAGAUUUAUCAAAGUCGCCGCAUUAUACACCAGAAAAAUUAUUUAAGUUCCUGUCCAAGGUCGCUUAAUAAUAAGUUGAUGAAAAUACGAUUCGUGGAAUAACUAUACAAAGUAACUUUUGACAUUUGUAUUGUUAUAUUUUAUUGCCGGAUGCUCUGUGCGGUGAAAAAAUUCAAUUUAUAAGUGACUUGUCAGCAGUGCAAGCAAUUGAUAGUACAUUUAAAGAAAAAGAGUGUCAAGAUAUUUUAAAUUGAGAAGAAUUUAUUUUUUGACAAGAACAUUGUAUUGGUGUCUCAGCUUUUUCUCAAAUGCACCACCGAUAUGAAAAACUGUUACAUGCAUCGUUGAUCAGAAAUAAACCAUUAAUCAGCAAGUGAUACAGUAUUGUUAAACAAGUGUUAUACCAUAAACGUAUCAAGGAGACGCACCAAAUACGUGCCAAAGGCACACCAAAUACGUGCCAAAGACACACCAAAUACACACUCCAGCAUGGCACACGUCGCGACGCUCAUCUACACGUUCAUCCGCACGCUGGCCUGGAUCCUGGUCGGCUUCCGGGGCUUCAAAGUCGAGGAAACCCCGACCCGACAAUCUUACGACUUCAUCGUCGUUGGUUCGGGUUCGGCGGGCAGUGCAGUUGCCGGUCGGCUGUCGGAGGUGGCGGAGUGGCAGGUGUUGCUCCUCGAGGCGGGCGGGCAACCGCCCCCCGAGGCCACCGUGCCCGGCAUGGCGCCCUUCAUGAUCCUGGAGGGACACGAGUCCGACUGGUGGUACCAAACCACCAGCCAGAAGCACAGCCAGUUCAACUAUGUCAAUAAUGCCAACAAAUACCCCCGCGGCAAAAUGCUCGGCGGGUCCUCAUCCAUCAACUACAUGAUCUGGGUCCGGGGCAACCGCCGGGACUUCGACCGCUGGGCGGCCCUCGGCAACCCGGGCUGGGACUACGAUUCCGUCCUGCCAUACUUCAAGAAGCUUGAGACUUUCAGGGGGGGAGUGACCAACCAAACAGCGGGGUAUCACGGCUACGGUGGCCCCAUCACGGUAAUGGACAAGGACUGGGAGACGCCCGUAGCCGAGGCUUUCUUCAGCGCUGGGCGAGAGCUCGGCUUUCCGUCACCCGUCGACCCCAACGCCGAAGAGCAGUUCGGCUUCACGCGGCCGCAGAUCAACGUCUUGAAUGGCAAAAGAUCGUCGUCUGCUGAAGCUUACCUAAUAAUGGUUCACGUUCACGAGGUGUACGCGUCGAAGGAGGUGGUCUUGUCGGCGGGGGCGAUAGGCUCCCCCCAGGUCCUGAUGCUGUCGGGGGUGGGGGACCCCCGUCACCUGCAGAACUUUAACAUUCCCGUAGUUCACCAUCUGCCUGGAGUGGGUCAGAACCUGCAGGAUCAUCCUACCCUCUACGGCCUCACCUGGACCAUCGACAGACACAAGGGGUCUUCUUUUGGCAGACUUUUGAACCUGUACUCCUCCGUCUGGUACUUGCUUCACAGAAAAGGUCCAUUGUCAGUGUCGUUCGGGCUCGAUGGAAACGCGUUCCUGAACACCGGAUCACACGCUGACCCACUGUGGCCCGACAUACAGCUGGUGCUGCAGCCCCAGACUCCCGCCAUCGACGGUGGUGUCAUGUUCGGAAACCAAAUCGGCUUCCGUACCAAGAUGUACCGGGAGUACUUCGGGCCGCUGAACGGCAAGCAUGGCUUCAACAUCGGCACGAUGUUGUCCGUCCCCAAGAGCCGCGGGUCAGUCACCCUGCGGUCCCGCAACCCUCGCGACGCUCCACUCAUUGACCCCAAUUUUCUGAGCCACCCAGACGAUGUGGAUGUUAUGAUGGAGGCUGUGAAGCUUUCGUUAAGACUGGGCAACACCACAGCAUUCAGGAAGCUUGGUGCCAAGUUCUACGACAAGACAUUACCGGGAUGUGAGAAGGAAGUGAAGCAUUCAGACGACUACUGGCGCUGCUUCGCCCGCCACAUGUCAUCCACGAACUACCAUCCUGUGGGGUCUUGCAAGAUGGCACCGAGCUCUGACCUUAUGAGGGUUGUUGACCACAAACUUAGAGUUUGGGGCGUGUCAGGGCUGCGUGUGGCGGACGCCAGCAUCAUGCCCGUGAUGGUUGUGGGCAACACCAACGCCGCCGCUGUCAUGAUAGGGGAGAAGGCGGCCGACCUCAUCAAGCAGGACUGGGGAGCCAUUCGGUGACGGGCAGUAACUGUAGGAAAAUCUAGAUAAGUCACCUAUCAAUUCAUUGAUUGUCGUACGAUUACCAUAGUUAUGUGUGUGAGGCGAGGGUGAUGGUGCCCAUGUGACGCUCGCGUCGGUGUUAGUUGAAUUCAAAUCCACGCAAUAAUUUAUAGUAGCCGAAGGACUAAAAGUAAUAAUGGCGAAGAAGACUCCUGUUAAUAUGUUGAAGGUUAGAUGCCAGUUGUCCUGUUGUGAUGUUGUGUUGAUGUUAGUGUAAUUUAUGAACUUAGACAUUUGGCUCUGAUGGAAUCGCUUCUCCAGUUGAAAGUUAAUGCAUUAUUGAAAAGCUUGAGGUAUUUGACACAUUUAUUGCAAUUUUUUACUUAUUGUCCGCAUACUUAACUUUUUUGUCAUUUAUUUAUUAUGUUUACUUAUUUAACGGAGGAUAUUGUCAAAGCCUUGUGGCAUUUUAUGAUGUAUUGGUGUGUUCAUUCAUGAAAGAAAUCGAUAGUUAAGAAGUUAUCGACAAUGCGUGUAAGUUUAAAUACAAACAUUAAUUUACGUUUAACAUUCGCUCUGCUCUGUAAACACGUGUCGAAUUAUUUGGAAAAUUUUAUCAUGGAAUUUCCUUAUUCACUCUUAUUGGUAUAGUUUUCAAUCAUCAGCUUGAAUAUUUUUUUAGCUGUUUCAAUUUUGCUGAGAACAUAUUUAAGUAAAAAUGCAAGGAUAAGAUAAACAGAGAUGUUUACUGAAAAUAUCGAUGUAAAAAUGUAAUACGUGGAGAUAACAUAAGAAACUCUAAUCAUUUAGACAAAAGCGUUUACAAUUAACAGUCACUUAAGGAGUUCACCACAACCUGCAGAACAAGAAGACUGGUUGCAUCGUGAUAUUGACCAAGUCCCUAGACUUUAUUCGCGUGUUUUACGUUAAUACAUCCAUGUAGUAAAACUGUUUCCUUGAUCAUAGUUCUAUUUAUUAUAAUUCGACACUAUUUUCACAAUUGAAAGCAAAUUGGGUCUGGUGUGUUUAGAGCACGAAUUUUUUGAGAAAUAUGCACGCAUUUAGCAAGAAAACUACUUUCGUAUGGCGUAAUUUGACAAGUAGACUAUUUUCAAUAGUUAUUAAAAUAUUGUAAUGAUUUCAUUAUGCGAUAAAUAAUCUGGUAUUGCUCAGUGACAGUGAUGAACGUGUGUCAAAAGACUUACAAUUCUCUAGUCUUUUAUAGAUUUAGAACGCACCAAAGUUCCCUACGGUGUUAAUUCUCCUCGUCUUUUUAGCGCAUUUUCUCAUUUAUGGAGAAAAUGCACUAUUGUGC